CAGAUGUCGCUAUUCAUCAUUUCUAAAUAAUUAUUUCGGGUAGAAGGGGAAGGAAGAGGAUUGUCGAACAUCUGUCACCAAGCGAAGGCUACGUCCGUUUUAGUCCCAAAAACCGCAAUACCGUCAUGGCACCCGGUUUUAUAAUUUUUUAAAGAACUUCCAAUAUAUUUGCAAUCGGAAUCGUGUUCAUACAGUGUUGUUAUUUCUACUCUAACAUUUGUUCGUAUUUGUACAGGAAAAAUGAGUUCAGGUAGACCAAUCAAAUGUGUAGUGGUAGGAGAUGGAACAGUAGGAAAAACAUGUAUGUUAAUAUCAUAUACAACUGAUAGUUUUCCAGGAGAAUAUGUUCCUACAGUGUUUGACAAUUACUCAGCACCUAUGGUUGUUGAUGGAAUACCUGUUAGUCUAGGGCUUUGGGAUACAGCAGGUCAAGAAGAUUAUGACAGGCUUCGUCCACUCUCAUAUCCACAGACUGAUGUUUUUUUAAUUUGUUUCUCAGUAACAAGUCCUUCAUCUUUUGAAAAUGUUACUAGUAAAUGGUACCCAGAGAUAAAACAUCACUGCCCAGAUGCCCCGAUGAUACUUGUUGGAACUAAAAUAGACUUAAGAGAUGAUCGUGAGACGCUUACUGCCUUAGCUGAACAAGGUCUUAGUGCUAUAAAACGCGAACAAGGACAAAAACUGGCAAAUAAGAUUCGUGCAGUGAAAUAUAUGGAAUGUUCAGCACUCACACAGCGUGGUUUAAAACAAGUGUUUGAUGAAGCCGUACGUGCUGUUUUAAGACCUGAACCUCAAAAACGCAGACAAAGAAGAUGCAUUAUGCUUUAAACAUUAUUUAAUCAAGAUUCAAUAGGUAAAAUCACAUCUAAACUGACAGACUGAAAUUAAUUUUCUCAGAAACAAAAGGAACAAAAUAUGGAUGUUUUGAAAAAAAGGUAGUAAACUAUACAUUUUAAUCAAUUCCUCUGGCAGCUAUAGUUUAAUGCAUUAUAAAUGGAGUACAAUUUACAGCUUGUAUUUUGUUAAAGCAAGCUAUAAAAUUAACAUAAGACUAGAAACUUAACAAGAAAAUAUGAUAUUAUUUUAACCAGUACUUAAUGUCCAAAUAAAUAAAAAUAAUUCUAAAUUUGCAUGUCCAAGGUAGUGGUUUCAAUAUAAUUUUAUACAUUAAUGCACUAGUCAUGUACUAAUUUACAAUAUAUUCAUUGUUUGCCAUUAUGUUUUUUAUAAAAUAACAAUUUUUGUCUUUUUUAAUAUAAUCUAAUUUAUGUUAAAACAAAACUAACAUAUUACAACAAUUUAAAAUGUUAAAAUUUUGAGCAAAAAAGCUGCCAGAUUUCUAAAUUUUUAUACCUAUAGUAGUAAAAACAUUCAUUUAGUAUAUACAUAUGAUAGAUAUAACAAUCGAUAUACUAUCAAUUUUUAUAAAAUGUAAAAUAGCAUUGUAGAAUUAUUUAAACAGAUAGUGCCAUAGCAACGAAAAAAAUCAAAUCAAUGAUACAAACAUUUUUUAUGUCAGUUCUAGACAAUAUAUGUAUUUCUUAAAUCUUGUAUUAGAGGACAUUGAAAAAAAGUAUAAAGGAAUUGAAGAAUUUCAUAAUAAGAAAUAUUUUAUAUUUAUCUUAAAAUUUUUGAUAAAUAUUGCAAUUGUAAUAUUUAUUUAUACUCUGACAGAAGAUACAUUAUGCAUAAAAUACUGCCAUUAAAUAGUCAUAUGUUCUAUGCAUAGUAAAUUUAGUAGUUUUAUAUGGCACAUUUUAUUGUCUAGAAUUUGAACAUUUUUCUCAUAACUACAUACAUAAUACAAAAUGUAAUGUAUUAUGUAUAUUUUAAUAUUUAUUUUAUUUUGAUUACAUAAUGAGUAGUCAUACUCAAAGAAAAUUUAUUGCAAAAACAUUUUAAAUGUUUUUACAUCUGAAGUUGUAUUUCUGUUGUUGCAUGUGGCAGAUACAAUUUUACAGAUUGUUACAGUGGUGCAAUCUGAUUAAUGAAAGGCUCUAAAUUAUUUUUCAUAAAAACUGAGGAGUGCAUUGUGAAAAGAAUAAUCAAAAUAUAUUUAAGAAAAUGUAAUACCAAUAACAAACAUAUGGUGCAAAGUAUGCCUAUAAUACAGAGAACAUAGCACAAUUUAUUUUAAAGAGUAGCCAUGACAUUUUUAACCUUCUAUUAUUAUUUUUAUAAAAUUCAUUUACAUCAAUUUUUACAUUAAAAACAUUAAUAAUACAUUUUACAAUAACAAAUAAUACAUUUUAUAUCGAACAAAUAUUCUUGUUUUGCUCUUACAUAUGAAAUUAUUUACACAUCCAUACCUAUAUUUAAUUUAUUUACUGUAUUGUAACAUAGUUUAUUUACAUUUUAUAGUAGUAAAAUAUUAUUUUGAUAAAUAUUACAUGCUCUCUAUAAAAGGACUCAAUAAAAAAAUAGUGUGAUGACUAACAAAUUUUCCACCACUUAUGAACAUGCUAUUUUUUUAUAUUUGGAAGAAAGUUUAGGAUAUAGGAAGAUAGGACAUGCGUGCCAUAUGCUUUCAAAUUUAUAAAAUGAAUAUUGAAUAUCAUACUUUAUUUGUACUUGUACUCAAUGUGCAUUUCGAACGAAUUAAAGAUAUGUCAACAUAUUUAAAAAAAAAUUCCUAGUGUAAGUGAAGAGGUGAACUAAGAAUGAGGCAUAUUAAUGCUUGCUAAGUGUACAUACUGUAGCAUAGUGGUAACAUGCUCUAAAUUUCAAUCAAAUUUAAACGAAUGCUAUAACUAUCUUUCUUUCUUCUGCUGUAUUUCAGUAUGUACACAACCUGUUAUUAAAGCAAUUAGUGAUGUGAUUGAAGUAUAGAGUGUGUCAUAAAAUGUUUGCAGUAAGCUUUUUUUAUAUACUUUUUAUUACUUUGUUAUAUGUGCUAUAAUCUUGAAUAUCACAAUUAUUUUUGCUAUUUUUUGCUGCAAUAUUUUAUAAAUUUAUGUUUCAGUUAAGAACAUACAAUAUAUUUGUAGUUCCUGCAUAAAACAAUUGUUUUUCAAAUGUUUUAAAAAGCACAAUUGAAAAUGACAUUAUUAUUAUUGUUGUUCUACAACAGAUUUAAGCUUAGGAAUUUUUUAUAUUAUGUACAUACGUACAUAAAUGAUACAUUUAUUAUAUAAAUUAAUCAGAUAUCAGCAGCGUGUUAUAUAGUAAUUGUACGUAAAGUUUGCAUUUAUUGUAAGUAGUGCAUUUAUUUUACAAUUAUUAUUGAAGAUAAAGUUUAUCACACAAAAAUUAAUUGAAAAUAAGGAUAAAACGAAGCACAAUUUUAAAUAGUAUUUAAACAUUUAAUUUUUAAGGUUAACACGAGGAACUUUUUUGCAGUAUUACAAUGUAAAUAAAAAUUUUUAUCUAUUAUUCCAAAAUUUACUACUUAUACCUGAAAUUUUUUUUGUAUACACUAUAUUUAAACUGAUAUAUAUUUGCAACUAUACAAGAAUAGUUAAUGGUAGUUCUAUUUAAGUGAAAAAAAAAUAAAUAAAUAAAUUCAAGCAGCUAAUAUGAAAUAUGCAAGUAAAAUGUUUCGUAAUAUGUAUAUAUAUUUCUUUUUAGCAAAUAGGAUUAAAAUUGAUAAAUAUUCAUAUUAAUAGCAUAACAAUGAAUUCAUACAGGUUGGUAAGAUGAAUUACACUACUUACAACUUGUGCAUUUAAUAUAAAAAGUAUUUGAUAUUGACUUUUCUCUUUUUUAAAAACAAGAAAGUGACAGUAAUGGAUGCUACAAACCAAAGUUAAAUGUUACUUUUCAUGUAACAUUUAUUCUUUAUUACGUAUUAUUGCAUAUAAGUGUAUGAAGUGUAAAAUAUUCUAGUCAUCAUGAAUUUGAUUUUAUUUGUAAAUGAGAAACGUUUUAUUGAAAUUUUUAUUCAAUUUAUAUCUAAUUAAUAAAUAUUGUUUUAUUGAAAGAAGAAAACAAUCAAAUGAUAAAAUAGAGAACAUGAAAGUAUUGAUCUAAUUUAAGAUAUUGUCAAUUUAAAUAAAGCAAACUAAACCAAACAAGAUGGAUAAGAAAUUGUUAGAAUACAAAUGUAUGUACAUGUAUUAAGUAAAUUUAAUCGUCAGUAACUUAGAAACAACAUUUAUCUAUUUUCUUAAAAUUUCUGUAAAAUUGCUAAUUUCUGUACUAAUAAAUAGACUGCAACUAUUUAUGCAAAUAUAUAUUUUCACGAAUAUAAUUAAAAAACUGAAAAAUAAGUAAGCAAUGAUUUCAUUUAUUAAAUAUAAAAUGUAUUAUGUUUUGGAUACUUUAUAUAUUUUUGCUCAUAGUAUUCAUUUUUUUUAUAUUUUAAAAUUUUUGUUAUAAAUGCAUAAAAAUCUGCAGUCUAUUAAUAAAGCAGCACAAGAGAACUUUAUGUGAAUACAAAUAAUAUUUUAUUUAUAUCUGUGUAUAAUUAAUAAUACUAAAAAAUUUUAUAUAAAUUAUAUUAUUACAUUACAUAAUAGUUAAAUUUUUAUUAAAAUAUAGUAAUAAUCAUUGUAUUUUCAUAAAUAAACUCUUUUGCUGUACAAAAAUGAAUACAGAGAUAUAAAUUAAAAAAUUAAUUUUAUCUAUCCUAUUUUCUUAUAAAAAAAUUCAAAUUACAGUGUUGAAUAAUAAUCAAAAUGUAUCUAUAUAAAUGCAUGUUCUACCUACAUACCACUGGAAAGCAUUUACUUUUAUUUAUGUGUAUUUUAAAAAGGAUUUCUUAAAAUAAAGUACACACAAAAUA